UGGAGUUUUGGGAGAAGAAAAAGAAAGAAAUAUUUGAAAAUAAAAAUAAUGAGGAAUAUGUGCAAAGCUUUUUGUUGAUAUAUAGGAAAUAGAAAGCACCCUUACAAAAAUCAAUGGAAGAAGGGAAGAGAGAGAAGAAGAAGAAAGAAGAAGAAGCAUCCACCACCACUGCUACUACUAUUACUAUGGCUAAUUCCGUCGCAUUUUCCGAUGAGAUUCCGAUCACAAACACAAACACAAUCAACACUUCUUACCCUUUCUCAAGCAUCUUUGACAUGAUGCCACUUCCAUUACUACCCUCUUAUGAUCACAAAACUUCUGCCAAUGGCUUCAUCGACUUGCUCGCUCUCCAUGACUACACUCCUUCCUUAUUCGAUUGCUUUCCCACAACCACCACCGCCGCCGAAGCCACGCCGCAGCAAAUCAGCAGCAGCCAGCAGCAGCAGCAGGCUCUGCCGUCGCCGGCGAGCUCCAAUGUCCCGGACUGUUCGGAGGUGUUGAACACUCCGGCGUCACCAAACUCGUCGUCGAUUUCAUCUUCGUCGAACGAAGGCGGCGCCGGCGUCGGCAGCAACAACAACAACGCGGAAGAGCAUAACGGUGGGAAGGUAGUUGCUGAUGAUGAACAUGAAGCAGAGGAUGAAGAGGCCGAUGGAUCCAAAGAGAAUCAAGACAAGACUAAGAAACAAUUGAAAGCAAAGAAGAAGAAUCAAAAGAAGCAAAGAGAACCUCGGUUUGCGUUUAUGACAAAGAGCGAAGUGGAUCAUUUAGACGACGGUUACAGAUGGCGUAAGUACGGACAGAAAGCAGUGAAAAAUAGCCCUUAUCCAAGGAGCUACUAUCGUUGCACCACAUCCGGGUGUGGUGUUAAGAAGCGCGUGGAGCGUUCUUCCGACGAUCCAAGCAUUGUUGUAACUACCUAUGAAGGGCAGCACACUCACCCUUGUCCCGCUACCUCACGCGCCGCACUCGCGUUCAUGCACGAACCCUCCUUCGCCACCAUUGGAUCUUCUUCUCCUCACUUUCUGCUUCCUCAUCAACAACACUUCCAGCAACCGCCGCCACCGCCUUCGUUAUAUAACUCCGCUACUACUACUAAUCCAACUCCACCUACUAAUGCGUCGUCGUUUGGGACCUUCGUUCUUCAGGAUGGAGCUUUUGCUGCAGCUUCUAGGUUGAACAUGGAUCAAGCUUUCUUGAGAGACCAUGGUCUUCUUCAGGACAUUGUUCCAUCUCAGAUCAGGAAGGAGGAUAACAUCGAAUGAAUCAAUCAACAAGAACGAGCGAAAGUAGGUUAAUUAAUUUUUAUUAUUAUUACAUUAUUAUUAUUAUUCGUGUUAUUAAUUAUUCCAUCUAUAUAAAUAUAUAUGUGACUUCUACUACUAAUGCUAAUGCUAUAUAUAUAUUAGUUAAUUUUGUUAUGUAAGUUAAGGUUCUCUAACUGGUGUAUGUGACAUAUAUUGAAGCAUCAUUUUGGAUGAGGAUAGAUCCGUUUUUAGAUGCCAUGGAUCAGGGGGCUUUAAUUUAGAUUCUCAUUUUGCUUCUUUUAGCUUUUUCUUUCUUUAAUUUCCUUGAUCCAUCGUCCAUUUCUUUGUAAUUAACUAGAUAUUUAUUAUUAUUCGACAAUCAGACAUAUUAUAAUUAGUUAAUUACCCUUA